GAGUAGAGCGCCUGUUAGCCCACCGGGCAGACAAGACAGCUCGAGUCCAAGUAAGCGUCGUUGCACCAUCUCUACACGCUCUUCAGAAUCUGAGGACGAGGACGAAGUACUUAGCGUCCAUGCGCAAGACGACGACGUAGAGGGCUUACUAACAGAUAGCGCCACCGGCGCUAAAGGAACAUCCCUCAACGAGGAUGAUGAGCUCCUCAAGGAGCUCGAGUUAUCCAUACAGGACGACGAUAAGUUGGGGCCCCCAAUUCGCCAACCCCUGGCCGACCUGGCCGCGAAACGGUGGGGCAAACGAAUGGGCAAAACAAAGUUGACGUCCAUAUUGGACAAACAUUGCCCACCAGACAACUGUGUCGACAUGGUGAUCCCGCGACUAAACACCGAACUAUGGAGACAGCUGGACAGCUUUAAAAAAUCAGAUGAUGUACGAUUGCAAAACCUACAACAAACUAUCCAGCGUGCGACCGCAGCAGUGCUCACCAUGUGCGAUAGGGUUAUGUCCCAUUCCGAUACAAACUUCAAAAAGCCUGUCCUUAAUGAUGGGGUGGACGCUCUCGCUCUGUUAGGCCAUGCCUUCUCAGAUUUGUCCAGCUUACGGCGCGAACAAAUCCGAACGGCUUUAAAGCCAGAAUAUCGCAAUAUCUGUGGACCGGAUGUAGAGCGAGAAAACCAUAAACUGCUAUUUGGGGACGAUUUAGCCAAGCAAAUACGCGACGCUAAAGAAACUACGCGCCUUGGACAAGCCGUAGGAUAUACAAAAUCGUCCUCAAACAACCAGAAACGCCGAACCGGCAACGACCACCGUCAUCGGCGCUCCCCUGGCGACUUCCGCCCGGGUUUUCACAAGGGCAAGAAAUCACACCCCAAAAAGAAACCUCACAAACCCUACAAAGACGACGAGAAAUAAUGGAUGGACUUACGCAGCUUCACAAACAGCUUGUUAAUGAGAGUGCUGAGGAAGAUCAGGGAAGACAAAGCCGAGGGGGUACUAGUGAUACCCGACUGGCCAACCCAGGCAUGGUAUCCCCAGGUAAUGAAAAUGUCCACGCAGCCCCCAAUAGUGCUAACACCACAGAAAACGCUACUAACACUGCCAAGCGACGAGACUGCCCUGCACCCUCUUUGGAAAAAACUGAGUCUUCUCGUCUGCCAAGUGUCAGGAAAAUUCUAGAGAGAGUGCCCAUUUCCAGAAAAGCAAACGAAAUCAUCAUGGCGUCAUGGCGAUCAUCCACGUGCAAGCAGUACCAGUCGUACUUAACACGCUGGGAACAUUAUUGCGCUGACAAUAACAUAGAUCCUCACAAUGCAUCGAUUGAAAACGGUAUCAACUUCUUAACCCAUCUUUAUGAAAAUGGGUUGGGAUAUAGUGCAAUUAAUACUGCUCGGUCAGCACUAUCCAUGGUUAUUGAUACAUCAGGCGUGACGUUUGGCACACAUCCUUUAGUCACACGAUUUUUAAAGGGUGUUUACGAAAUGAAACCCUCAUUACCUAGGUACACACAUGUUUGGGAUGUGAGAACAGUGUUGACCUAUCUUAACACUCUAUCUCCCUUACGUGACCUAUCGCUGAAGGUGUUGACACUAAAACUUACAACUCUGUUGUGCUUGUUAACGGGUCAACGCUGUCAGACUAUCGCUAAACUGAACACUGAGUACAUGCAAAAGACUCAGAAUAGUUAUAUCUUCACGAUUCGGGAGACUCUAAAAACCUCCAAACCGGGACGACAUCUUGAACCUAUAGAACUACGGGAAUACAAACCUAAUCCCAACUUGUGUGUAGUAGAGCAUAUCACUCAAUAUCUAGAACUCACUACAAGUCUACGUACACAUGGUCCACAUGAUCAGCUACUUAUCAGUUUUGCAAAGCCACACAACCCAGUUAGUAGUUCUACAAUAGGUAGAUGGGUAAAAUCAGUGCUCAAAGAUGCUGGUAUUGAUACAUCCGAAUUCUCAGGGAACAGUGGCAGAUCAGCAUCCACCUCCUACUACAAGGCCUCGGGUCUACCAUUAGCUGACAUCCUCAAGGCGGGAGGCUGGACAAACAGUUUAACCUUUGCUAAAUACUAUAACAAACUAAUUAAUAAUAAUUUCGGUACUACAGUUCUCGAACAGUAUAGCAACAAGGAAUAAGAACUGCACUAUACACAUAGAGCAAUUCACAAAUAUCUUGUUAAUUGAUUUUAGAUGAUUCCUCAUAAAUUACACAAAAUAAACUAUUUGUGAGGCUUGUGCA